AUGGCUGAGGACUGGGGUCUAGCCUCACUGAUAGUCGCACUAUGCGCACUUACGCUGACACUUUCCCCAGUGUCUCUGGGUUUCAUCGCAAGCGUCAUAUCGCCUAUCCUGAGCACCAUAUGGCCCUCGCUAGGAAAAUGCGAGACCUUUGAAUGGACGGACAUUCCAGACGGGGCUCUUCACACUUGUGAACACCCCCCACAGUCUUGCAGCCACGUUGGCGCCCAGAUCACCCCGGAGAGCUGGGAGGCAGCAGCGUCACACUUCUUCGCAUUCAGGCGUGGCAACUUCGUUCGAAAGCCCAAACAAUUAAGCCUGACCACGAGAUACAUCCGGACUGAUACGAAGACACUAAAAGCAUUCCUGUCACUUCUGAACGGUCACGCACUUUACGAAACCGGAAGAUCUUUCCAAAUUGUCUUCAAACCAGUCGGGGGAUUGACGACUGCGUAUGUGAAGAUACAACGCGGACUUCCAAACAGUCUCAAUCAUUUCUGCAGGCUGGAUGUCACCAAGCGCGAGAUGGAACUCAUUUUCCAAGGGUAUCCGCCAUGGUAUCAGAACCCGCUUUCCGUGGGCAGGGGCCGCCAUGUGACGCAUCCAAUCAUUGACGAAAGUGAUCUGCAUCGGGGAGGAUGGAUAUUCGCCGUCGGACUGAGUCCGACGCGCCCAACCCUUGGGAACUUCCUGGAGAUCAAGGGCGGCUCUAUGCUCAUCGUAGAGCGGGGUCUCAGGCGCGUGAUCCGCUGUUUAAAAAAUCUCGAGUUGGCCUUCUACGGUGAAUUGAGAGUAUCGGCUGCACAUACACUGGUGGAAGGCCUUCAUUGGUGGUACGCGGUUGGCGGUGGCUACGGUCCUAGUCGAGCGCGAGAACUCUUCUACAAGGCAGGUUUCAAAGACCUCCUUGUCGGUCCGGACUUCAUCGAAGGUCUAACGGACUCACAAAUCAUUACAGGGAUGAAAGUUUUCAAUUACGAUGAGCCACUCACGGACAAGGAGAUAACGCAACUGCGGCCUGUGCUUGAGAGUGUUGUCCGGGCGUCGGUGCUAGGGGUUCGAAAGGUCAUCGAUCACGUAGGUAUUCCUAUUAUUAGCACAGAGGAGAUCAUGCCUUGCAGUCUGCCACCUGAACUGACAAACGAUGGGUAUGUGUACGUUCGAGAGAGAUGGGAUUCUCUGGAGGAUUGA